AUGAAUCCCACCACAAACAAAUUUCGUCAACAUCAACAACAACAGCAACAGCAGCAAGGUAUGCCAUCUUUUUGUCGCCAGCAGGGCAGAGGCAAGGCCGUUGGGCCCGAUUCAUCUGCCGCGGCCGGCGCCUCUUCGGGCGGUCCGGGGGCUCCCGGCGCUGGCGGCGCCGUUUCGGACUCCUCACAGUCGGGUCGCAAGCGCAAGCGCAAGCGCGGCGAGGCCUCACUCUUUGCCUACGUCAAGCGCGCGGUGCGCGACGUGCCGUGCCUGAUGUGUGUCAAGUCGGCGCUUGCGGGUCGUUCCUCGGGCGAGUGCCGCAACCACUCGGGUCCCGGCAAGCGCUGUUACCACUGCGCCAAGGGUAGCCACAAGUGCCGAGAGGUAUACGUUUUCAUCGGAUUGGAGCUGACUUGGUUGAUUCUUCUCUUACGUCCCGCAUCGUGCGUCUCCUCUGCCAAAGAACUUACCAAAGCUCUGGAGAUUGAUCCGAAACACUGGAAGUCCAAGUCGUUGCGGAUCAUCCUCCGCAAUGACCUAGAAAGGGCCGGCGUCGAAGAUGACGACCAGCCGAGGGAGGACAACGAGGACGACAAGGAGCUCGCGAGCUUCACCAAGAUUGGGCGCGCGGUGUUCGAGGUGAUCACCGAGGUGGACGCCAUCAGGAAAAUGAGAACGAGACGCGCUGCUCUCGAGCAGCUUGGCUUGGCUGCCGCCGACGAGGGUGACGACGACGACGGACUCGACAAUUGGCCCGGGCGUGACACCCAACGAUACCCCAGCUGGUUGGUGAAAGAAGAAGCAUGCUAG